AUUGAAAUUGUGGGUGUUGUUUCACUUCGUCAUAUACAUGCAGUUAGUCGAUAGAACUUCGAAAUAUUCAAUAUCUAUAAUAGUACUAUGUAGUGCUACCGCGAGCUUCAAGACGCCGUAAAUUGUGUUGAUCAUCUAACAAGAGAUAAGAGCUUCAUAACCUAUGAUCAUGGUGAUGCUUAGAAUCUCCGCAUAGAAGCAUUUUGUGCAAUCAAGUUUCAAUAGUCAACGAAAACACGACAAACGUAACGGUAAUUGAUAUUUCUAUUUUAUUUAGAAUUCUUUAUGAAACCUAGGCCUAUACUACAAUUACAAAAUGAAAUGGUAUUUAUAAGCGAUACAUGCAGGAAUGAUGAACGGUUGUGGGAGAACUCUAGGGAACUGAAAUAUGUAGGAUAUCAACACGACGUUAGUGACGCUGCCGCUUAAGUUUGGCAGAAAGAAUCAGAUUAUUGCUUGGUGUUGAGUGUGAACUUUUAGCUGUAGUUAGGCGAUGGGUUUUCAGUUGAAUUGGAUAUGUAAUGUACAGUAAGGUGUCAAUGACUAUAAAAAAUUACAUAAUUUCUUAGAUGCAUGUGCAGACAAUAUUUCAAGAAUGGAGAAUAAAUAAUUAUUUUGAAAUAUGUGUUAAUUAUUAUUAUAGAUUGUUGUAGUCAGAUGAUUUUGAAAAACCACUUUUAUAAUACUCUGGUUCCACAGGUUCUUGUGCUGCCGUAUUAUUUCUUUACGUAAGUAUUUUUAUAACGAUUUCAAACGACAAUUAUAUAUGGCAGGGCAUACAAAUUGCUUACUAGUUGCUAGAACUAAAUUGUUAUGCCAUGCGUUAAGUCUCCUAGUCCUACGCGUCAUUGAAAUUAUGAGUGUUGUUCCAAUUUGUACCUGAUGCAAAUCCCAAUCGCACAAUUAGAACUAAGAAAUAAUAUUUAUCUGGUAGGUUUUCAAGGCUGCAAAAUUGUGUUGAUAUUCAACCACAAAAGAGCUUUAUUAAUACUUUGUUUGGUAGCCAUAAACUAUAUAAACUCGUUUCUACCGAUAUCGAUCUUGCCAAAUCUGUAAUAUUAAUCAACAACAGUCAGGAAGGGGGAGGGGUUAUUCUCGCAUUUCUAACAAGGGGAGUGGGCUCACUUGUAGAAAUUAAAAUAACUCAAUUCGUGGGAGGUAAGCUAAUGGUGAAAUAAUCAUACGGAAAACUAGGAUUCUGGGCCCCAGAUUCAUGUGAAUCAACUAUUUUUCGAUACAUUUCAUUCCUUUUCACAACGGCCAGACCGAGCCAUGCAGACGAAAGCCUGGUUUCCAUAUGGUCGUAACUGUCGCAAACGUGUUGUAACUGUGGUUAGAGUAGCGUUCGCGACCAAAUAGAAGCAUGAAGAAAACUCUUGUUGCGGCACGCUGGAAACAGUCCACAACAUUAACAACAGUGUCGUCGAGAUAGGCUCGAGUUCUAUCUCGACGACAUUUGCGACAGGCUAAAAACGUAUCGUGACGGUUAUCUUUUCAUGGAAACAGAAAAACGACAGCGCGGCAACAGUUUUGCGACAAUCAAGGUGGGGGGGGGGGGCAAAGCUCGCUUCGGGGGACCAUGUUUGUAAUCUUAAAAUUGCCGCCGGCUGCUUGUACGACCCCUGGGUACGAAAUUAACUUGAGACAGCGUCACGAUAGUUACAACCAUAUGGGGACAAGCAUAAAAAUCAUUCACGACAAACACAUGACGACACGUUCGCGACGGUUAGAACCAUUUAUGGAAACCAGCUUUUAAUCUGUAACCACAAACAACAGACUCCUUGGAUUUUAGUUGCGCUGAGCUGUCAAACGCUUAAUUAUAAAAUGUGAAUAUAUAAUAGGUUUCCUGCUAUGCGGCAUCAUUGAAAUUGUGGGUGUUGUUUCUUUUUGUCGCGAAUUCGAUAUAUACAUGCAGUUAGUCGAUCCAACUCAGAAAUAUUCAAUAUCUAAUAAUAUCAUAUGUCGUGCUAUCGCGAGCUUCAAGAUCCGUAAAUGAUGUAGAGCUUUAAUAAUAAUCCACCUUAAGUAAAAAAUACAGUGGACUUACAAAUUCAUAAACAUUAUAAAACCAUCUAUAUUACAAUAAAAAUUUAUAUUUUUAAAAAGGUUCAGUUGCCAAAGGCACAGACGACGAUUAUGGCCUUCAGUUCAGAGAAUAAUGCAACCUACAUUCAGCCUAAAAUUACAGAACCGUCUAUUACAGUAGUAAUUUAAAGUUUAUUAUUAAAAAGUCUAACUGCAAUAGGCAUAAACGAUGAUUUGUGUUUAUGUCUUUCGGUUCUGGAAAUAAUGCGACCUACAUUAGAACCUCUUUCUUUAGUUCUAGUGGAAUAGUCAUGCUUCUGUGCGAUAAGGACAAAGUGGUGACAGGGAUGGUUUACGUCCUGAGUAAUUGCCUCCAUUUCUCGAAGAGUUAAUUAGCUUAUCUCUUCUCUCACUAAGCGGGGGAAGUGUACCGACCGGUAAACAAAUGAUACGUAAGCUUCUCCUUUGAAUACGCUCAAGGUCGUUCACUAAAUAGUGAGGUAGGCCACCCCAAACUGGUGCGGCAUAUUCAAGCAGUGGACGAAUUAUGGUGCAGUAAGUUGCCAAUCCUACUUCAGUAGGAAGGUGAGCCUUCCUGCACUGCCUUAGAUGACACAGUCUCCUGUUUCCCUGACGAGUAAUUUCUUUGAUGUGAGAAUUCCAUUUCAUGUUACUUUGACAGCUAACACCAAGUAACUUGAAUGAAUUAACUCUUUCGAUCAUAACAUCCCCGAUAUAAAGAUUGGGAGGCUGUGGGAUAGAUUUCCCAAAGCAAAUCCACAUAUCUUUAGUUUUCUUUGCGUUCAACUUCAUUCUAUUAGCGCUUGACCAGUUCUGAACGGAGUCUAAGACUUUCUGCAUGUUGCUACACUCUCCCUUCAUGAUGCAUUCGCUUUGUGUGCAGUCAUCGGCAUAUUUAUAUGUGCUCACCUCAAGAUCUUCAGGAACACUCGUAUUUAAGUCGUCAACGUGGAUAUUAAAUAAAGUCGGCGAAAGAGCAGAUCCUUGCGGUACUCCAGCUGGGCAACCCUCAAUCGAUGAAAGUGUUUGAUUUAUCUUGACCUGCUGAGUUCUACCAGAUAAGAAGCUUUUGAUCCACAACCAGAAGCUUUUAUUAACACUAAUCAAUGCAAGAUUAUUCAACAGGAUCCCAUGAUCACUAGAUCAAAGGCUUUUUUAAAGUCGAUAAAGAGGGCAUGGAUGCCUGCUUUGUCACGGCAGGUAUUGUCAGUAGCAUUAAACCAUGGCUGUGUGAUGGAUAUCAGAGCCGAUGUAGUAGAGCGGCCACUAGUAAAACCAUGUUGACUGGGACGUAGUAUGAUGUCAUUUUGAUUGAGUUGUAGUUGUACUCUCUCUAGGAUUUUCCCAAUAUGUGGCAAAACAGAGAUUUGUCUAAAAUCGUUACUAACGUCAGUUGGUGGGUAUGCUUUAGGCACAGGUGUGACCAGGCCAUGUUUGUAAUGACUUGGAUACUUACACUGUUUAAUGCUAGCCGUAAUGAUGUCAUGAACAAUCGGCGCUAGAACGCUAGAGAAUCGUUUAAGUAGCCAUGCAGGAACACCAUCGGCUCCCGUUGCUUUCGAGUGGUUAAGGUGAUUUAGGACGCUCUUAAUCUGGCCAAUACUAGGUAGAGGGGAGGAAAGUUUUUGAGAAGUGACUCAACUUCAUCUAGUUGGGGAAUACUUAGGUCUUUCCAUGGUUCAGUAAAGGAUAUUUGAAAUUCUUCUGCUAAAGCGGCCUUGCUACCCAUGGAGUUUACAGUUAGGCUUUCAUGCUGACUACUUACUCCGGACAGAUUAUAAAUUGCUUUGUACCAUUUCGCAGGGUCAGAUGUGCGGAAUGUUUUAGCUUUAUUUUGAUGGUAAUUUGAUUUGGCUUUCCUAAUCAUAUCUUCUACUUGUGCUCUUAGCAGAUUAUACUGGGACAUGUUGCCACGAGUUAAAUCCCGUUGUCUAAGCUUAAUCUUUGCUUUAAUAUUCGGAGUCAUCCAAGGUUUAUCCGUGGGAUGUAGGCGUAUGGAUUUCAGAGGCAUACAUCCGUCUGGAGCUUGACUAAUAACUCCAUUGAAAAUUGAGACUUUGUCAUCUAUGUCUUCUGCUUCGUAUACUGCAUCCCAGACAGUUCUGCUUAGUCUUAGCUCGAGAGCUAUUAUGUUUGAACGUUUCAUCGAUCGAAAUGUUUUAGUUAUUGGGCGUGUACUCGUCCGAUGUUUUGGAUUCAAAAGAAGGCAUUGGUGAUCCGAUCGACCUAAGGGAGGAAGAUGUUGCACUUCUUGAAACAGUGGCGACAUAUUAGUCAUCAUCUGAUCUAAAGUAUUGUUCUGGAGAGUUGGUUUCUUAACAAUUUUCCUCAAAUCAAAACAAUUACAUAAUGUUCCUAAUUUCAUUUUGUUAAAGUCUCCAGCGAUUAUAAUUCCAGCAGAGGGAUAGCUUUGUAGAAUGAAGUCGAUUCCAUUAGUAAGAUAAUCAAUCAUAGUUAUCUCAUUUGUAGCCGCUUUACCUGGAGGAUAAUAGACUGCAACCAUAACAAUGCAACUGAAAGGCCUUGGAAAUCUUUGCGGUUUCAACAAUAGCCACAGAGCCUCUUUGCCUUCCUCUUCCAUGUCAAACAAGCGGCUAGAAGGUAUUGCAGUUUACAUAUUAUUAAGUAAGUAAACCGCCGCCAGGUGUUCCUCUAUCUUUUCGGUACGGAGUAUAGUUAGAUCCAAUAGACAUAACUCCAUCGUAUAUGCUGGGAUCUAGCCAGGUCUCAGAAAUACAUAUAAGGUCAGGAUCAUUAUUUUCCGCCACUGAGCUGAACUCAUCCAUUUUAUUCAGAAUGUGACAAGCAUUAGUUAAAAAUAAUGAAGGAACAGUCUGUUUAUUCGUUUUUAUAUCGGUAGAUAUCUUGAUACAGUUCGUAGGCUCAUGGGACCUUCUUCUGUCAGAAUAAAGCGUAUUAAUAUGGGGAGUGGUGCUCGCGGUUUUAGAAAAUAGUUGUUGUCGAUGAGUAAUUCUUGUCGGAAUCGGCAUUUUUAUCGUUUCAUAGUGCGAUGGACAAGCUUCAGGUGAUUGAUCCGGUCCUGCAUGCUUGUGACAGCGACUGCGUGUUAAACGUGUCCGUUUUUUCCUAUUGAGCUUUAAAAAAUAAUUAUCAUUCUUAUACGAUUCCGGGCAGCUGAUAUUAUUAACCGCUGAACUGGUUGCAAUUUAGGUUUUCCUUCUAUGAGAGGCAACCUCUCCAUCCAAUCUACUGGGAGACAUUUAUGCUUAGUAUUUUUUGACAUAGCUUGUAUUGGGGUUUUGAUGGCAUUCGCCGUCAUUCUAGCAUCUGUUGUCUUCAUGGUAGAUGUUUGUGAAAUAUUUUGCUUAGCAGACUUGAGAGUUUGUUGACCAUCUAACACGAGGUAAGAACUCCAUAACCUAUGAUCAUGGUGAUGCUUAGAAUUUCCACAUGGAAGCAUUUUGUGCAAUCAAGAUUCGAAUAAUCAACAAAGAUACGAGAAAUGGUAAUAUUUCUAUUUUAUUUUAAAAUCUUUAUGAAAUCCAACCUCGUUCCUAGGGCUUUCGUGUGAGGACGAGCGGAGAGAAGGGAAAGCCGGUCACGUGAUAUGGGCAUAUUUGACAGCUACUCGUCAAAGAGUGGCGAAAUAUUCUUAACUGAAAUAUACAAGUUUUCGAAACAAAUAAACAGCCAAAACACUUCUCAACCGAUAGUAUUUAUGUAUAUAGCGAAGUUUGGCACGAUUCAGCUGAAAUCUCUGAAGACAGCAUCGAUGUUUUCUAAGAUAUACCGAUAUUUCUGGCGAUUUUCAACCAAAAGCCGCUAAAGGCACAACUGUAUCUCAACAUGAUUUCCAAGCUGUAUUUGGGCGUCUCCAAGAGGCGAUUCACCGGAAAUUUGCUUUCUCUCGUCUUUAAAAAUAUGGCUUUGCCUUUAAAAUUUAGUUUACAUCUGCUGUUAGGCUUAGUUCGAUAUAAAUAAACACAAAUAUAAAACCUCGAGUGUAAACCUAAUACGUUGUACAGGAAAUAUGCGGAUUCGCUUGUUUCGAUACCAAUACUUGCCGUUCAGGAGCAGUGCUUGCCUAUAAAUUUUAGCCCCUUCACAAUCUUUGUUCUAUUUUAUCGUAUAAUCGCAAUGUUCAAGUAUUCGGGGUAUUCUGACACUGUAAAAUUCGGUGGUGUGACAAGCUAGAGUAUAUAUAAAUAUUGUACAGACUACAUAGCCGACGACUACGCGUGGAGCUAUUAGUAAACAGGGCCUAAAUUAGUAGUUUCAUUUAUAGUUGCUUGUCUUGUUUUUAUAUGUCAGUAUAGAAUAUUGUAAAUUAAAGGAUUACUACAAUGCAAUACGCAUAGUAUUUCAUCAGACAUCUGCACUACACUUUACUGAAAUGCUGUACAAGGAAAACUACAGCUUAAUACUAAUAGUUGGUGGACGUUUCUUGUUUUGUCAAGAAACAUGCGUUCACGUCGACACGGUUUUUGAGUUUUGUAACCGGCCGAGGCGAAAGUAAAUCAUGCAGUCGGGAAAACUGAAAACGGUCUUUGCUCACAUACAAUUCACGUUCUUACUUUGAAAGAUUAUUUUGGAAAACUAUAGUCGUGCACAACAAUCAUAAAAAUACAUAUGUUGAAUUGUUUGAAAAAUGUUGUUUAAUCGAUGUAAAUUAUCUUAACUCUUUUCUGUCUGUAUUGAUCAUAUGACUGAGGAAGGAAUGGGCGGGAAUGUAGUCCGGUAGUUCUAGCGAGUGGGAGGGUUUCAAAUAACUCAUUACGUGGGAGGGGCUAGUAUAUAUGUUGGCAAUAAUCAUAUAGAGAACUAAAUUGCUGUAUGGCCCUCAUCCAGACUCCCGUUAAUCAGGUAUUUUUUUGUAUUUUCUUUUCUUCACCCGUUUAAUUUACCAAGUCUAAAAACGAUUGUCAUUGAAGCGUACAUUCUAAAUUAUAGAACGACCACUUGAAGUGUGGCCAGAUUAAUCUAACCUGAUCUAACUAAUCUAAGAACCAGGCGCAAGGCAGUGUGGUUAGUAAAUUCCUGAAUCCCAUUUUUUACAGACUAAUUUUGUUUGAUUUGCGCAAGCAUUAGCAUUGGAUUAACACUAUCAGUGGAAUCGGACUAUAAACGCGUAAUCAACAAACAAUUAAGUUCCAAGGGCAAUCAGUGUCCAUUUCCAUACUGACUUAGCUGUAGAAGUUAAGCCAAGUCUUCACUGCGCGCAACUGCAUCCCUUAGAAUUUUAUUUCAGCAUUGUUUCUCGUCCUCAAGCCACUAGAAUUAACCUCAUUCCUACCCCAGCCUUGUCCCUGGGCCUUUUACUACGCCAUAGUGCGCAAAAAUAGUUAGAGGUAUGCACUUUAUUUCAACAUAGGUCAAGAUAAUUUUAGGUAUUCUUUAAAGCGCUCUAACGCAGGCUAAGUUACUUACCUUUAUUUUAAACGGAAGCUUGCCACAAUCUUGGACAAAACCCUUGAGACCAAUCCAGCCAUGUAAUAUUACAAAGUUAUUGACCAUUGACAAAACAAACUUUUCUCUCCCCCCCCAGUUCAAUGCUGUAAACAACUCCGAAACAACUUGUGGCACUAUAUCAUUACACAAGCUCAACAUUGAGUUGGGGGCUUCAGAAGGGCGACAUGAUUCAGAGGUUUAAAGUGUAAAAGCCACAAACACCAAACCGUCCAGUUUUAGUGCUACGAUUUUAGAAGUGAAUCGUUAAAUUAUAAAAUUUGAAUCUCAUAAGCCUCUCGCUAUGCCGUAAUUAAAAUCUUGAGUGUUGUUUCACUUUGUAAUUCAUUCCAAUCAUAGAGUUAGCCAACAGAACUGUAUAUUUAUCUUCAAGGUUGUGACGAUAGAAAACUGUGUCAGCUAUCUACCACAAAAGAGUUGGAAUAUACCUAUGGUGUUGUUAAUAAUGGGCAAUGAUCAGAAGUUGUAUUCCUUCAAUUCUAACACAAAUGGAACCAUCUGACUAGUAGCAAUUAAUAAAACCCAGUGCGCGAGAGGUGAGCUAUUUGUAGAAAUAAUCAUACAGAAAACUAAAUUUCUGACUAAAGCCUCUGAUUCCUGUAAAUCAGGCAUCUUUCGUAUCAGUCCUUUCUUUCACCACGAUCACGACCAGGUUUAAACUGUAAAAACCUGAAAAAAUACAGACCACCUGGAUGUUAUACAGUUAUGUCGAAGUCAAACGUUAGAUUAGAAAUUUGAAUAUAUCAUACUGUGAAUAUCAUAUAAGUCCCCAGCGAUGCAAUCAUUGAUGUUUUGGGUGUUGUUUCCAACGUUUCACUUAGUCGCAAAUGCUAAUCAGAGUUAAUGAACGGAACUCCGCAGUAGUAUAAAUCUGGUAGAUCUUCAAGAAUUGUGUUGACUAUAUAACUACAAUAAAAGAGCUACAAUAUGCCUGUUGUGUUGUUUAAGCAACUAAACUUUCUCAGCUCUUUUUUUUCUUUGAUGAUCACAAUUAUUUGUCAAUGAUGCAGAGGGUAUAGCCCUGCAGUUCUGAAUAUUUUAUAUUUUAUAUAUAUGUUCGCGACAUAUUAAAUUAACAACAUUAAUUUUAUAGGAAACAAAAUGGGUUAAAGCUAAUUAAUUCUUUGUCACGUAUUCAUUCACAUGCAUUUUAUGUCGCGUUUUCAUGGACAUAUUAUAUGUUAACUGCGGCCUUGCACAGGGCCUCUUUAAGAAUUUGUCAGUGGAGGGACCGUCAAGAGAAAGGGACCCAACUAGCCAAGGAGGUGGUGAACGGGAAAAGUGGGAACUUGUCCGGCCAAGAAAAAAUUUGUAUUAAGUGUCUAAAGGCCCUGUCACACUAUUGCGUAUCGUACUAGCGUAUGCCAGCGUAUGAAAAAUAUCACUCAUACGCCGGUAUACGCUGACAUAGGCUAGGGGUACGUUCAUAGGUUGUAUACGUUUCAAGCACGGUCGCGUACGGUGGCAUACGCUGGCAUACGGCGACGCAGAAAAUUUUUUUUGAGCAUGUUCAAAAAUUUUGUGCGUAUUCGAGGACGUAUGCUUUAUACGAUAAGCAUACUAUAGGUACACGCUGAAUACGCUAGAGGUACGCCAGAUGUACGAUAAUCAUACGCUGGCAUUUCAAAUGAUUUUUGUGCGUAUGAAAAUUAAUUCAUUAAUUUUCAUACGCUUGUCAUACGUUUCUGUCAUACGCAAUAGUGUGACAGGGCCUUAAAGACUUGAUUUUCGGCAGUUUUAGACACCAUUUUUAUAUGUAUUUCAUCCGCUAGACAAAGAUUUGGUAAUGGGAAUACUAAAAUACUCUUCUUAACUAAGUUAUUCUUCCCUUUUUUUGCUUAUAUUGUAGACAGAAGGGACUUUCACUGGGGGGGAGGGGGGGGGCAACAUAGUUCACUGGAGAGGCCAAAGCAGGGACUGGAAGACAAGUCCCCCCCAGUCUAUGCAUGGUAUUAAAAGCGGCCGUUGCUUUGCACUUAAAGCCAUGCAAGAAAUAGGAACACAUAUUUCAUCGAUGCGAAUGGAAAAAUAUCGUACUCGACUGCACACCUGAUUUGUCUUAUAGGUUUUCAAGAUGCCAAAUUGUGUCGACUAUCUGCCUCGAAAGAGCUUCAAUACUUACGGUGUUGUUCUUCUCACGUUAUUCGGGUUGUUUGCUGUCGCAGUUAUAAGCAUCUCAGGUUCUUUAGCCUUUGACACAUCAUUUAAUUGUUAUGAAAAUACCAUUUCAAAGACGAAGGAGGCAUCUCUACUAAAGAGCAUCAACAUAAAAUGUUCCCUCGAGUAUCAGGAGAAAUUCCUCUUUAUUCUUCCUAUGUAUGCUAUAUUCAUCUUGAACUUUGGCAUUGUCUUUGCUUUCAGUAUUAUCUAUGCAUACUUGGUGAAGCAUCGUGUUGAAAAAUUUGAUUAUCCGACCAGAAUUACGACUUCCAAUGAUGACGAUGAUAAAAAUCAAGAGACGCUGCCUUCGUUAAAUCCAAGCCAAAACCCGCGUGACGUUCGUGAGUGUUUGGGUCGUUUUUCAACAUUUUCCAUCUAUGUCGUGCAUUUGCUUGUUGCUCGUAUAAUUCCAUUGUUGGUAUUUGCUAUAUGGAUAUUUUGCCAAGAUCAUUUUCCUGAGAAAUUUCCCUGUCCGUUGAGUUCUGAAAUGCAAGGAAAAGGCACAUCCAAUUUUAAUUUUACCCUCAAUUCACGAAAAAAAUUAACGUUUAUUGACUGUACAAACCCCAUCAGCGGAAAAAGUAAAACCUUGGUCUACAUCGUUGCAACAGUGGAUGUUUGUCUUGUGACAUUGGCCAUUUUGGAACUUGGCUACAUCACAUGGUUGGCCUUUAAUGACAGGGAUUUUAUGGCUGACCAAGAAUUUUGUACGGUGUACUUAUUGAGAAAGCGAAAAAGAAUUAGAAAAUUGGUGAACAAAGUUCGAAAGAGAUUAAAUUCUGAUGAUGAAGAGCUAUUCCAAUUAAAGGAUGAUUUCGGUUGUACUCAAAUUUCCAUGCGUCCUCUUGAUGAUAUAUAUGUCGAUGUCGUCAUUCAAGAAGGGAGAGAACACAUGGACGCUUACCCAAGCGAAUUUAAAAGAAAAGAAAUUUACCAAUCCCAUCUCAAAACCCCAAAGACAGUUACUAAGCUUACGAGCACAGCUGAUAUAUUUAAACCAAUAAAUGGCAGGAAGAAACAGACGUAUCCGAGGACCAUCCUUGUCAUAGGGAGACCGGGAAUUGGUAAGACCAUGUUAACAAGGAAACUGUUAUAUCAAUGGAAAGUCAAAGAAGACGAGUUCUGGUAUGAGAAAAUUGUAAUCUUGCUUCAAUUUCGCACAUUUAACAACAAAACUGUUUCUCUAAGAGAAAUGUUGCGUGAUGGUGAUGGACUGUCAUCGGAUGACUUUGAAACUGAAUAUAAUUUUGUAUUGUGUAACCCAACUAAAACCGUCCUUAUCUUUGAUGGAUUAGACGAACUUACUGUUGACAGCACGCUUUUGCACACAAAGACAAAGAGAGUUAGUAGUCCAAAUGAAAAGAUGCCGGUGUUCUCAAUUCUUAAAAUGUUGAUCAAAGGUACAAUGCUACCUGGUGUCACAGUAUUGACUACGUCACGGCCAACGGCACAGCAUGUUUUUCAAGACCUAAAUUUUAAACGAACAGUCGAGAUCUUGGGGUUUUUUGAAAAACAAAUUAAGGAGUAUGUUUUUAAAUUUUGCAAGAAUAAUACUAAUACCGGUGAACUGAUAUGGAAUCAAGUCAAAGGAUCGGACGAACUGCGAAGCUUGUGUUACAUACCUGUCAAUAGUUAUAUUGUUUGUUUAACUUUGAAAGAAAGCAUUGAAAAUGACGAGGAUCAAUUUUAUGAAGGUGUACAUAGGAAUAUCCCAAAAACUAUAACUGAACUGUACAAACGAGCUGUAAAAGUCUUAUUAUAUCGACACCAUCCAAAAUACAAGUUGCAACAAAGGCCGAGCGAUUAUCUCAUCACCCCAUUUCCCAUAGAACUGGAAAAUGAAUUGACAAACCUAAAAGAAGUUGCAAAAAGUGGAAUUAGUCAAGGCAGGUUAAUUUUUGAGAAAUCCACGGCCGAUAAAUUUGGCGACCUGGCUAAUUGUGGCCUCUUUCACAAGUUACCAGACAAACGACAGAACUUGUUUUGUUUUCUACAUCUGACACUGCAGGAGUUUCUUGCAGCGUCAAAGGUGGUUGAUGAUAUGGCCAAUGUUGAGCGUUUCUUGGAUGGUCAUGUUAAUGAUUCCAAAUGGCAUUUGGUGAUACAGUUUGUCGCUGGUUUAGUUGGAGAUAAAAUUAGGCAGGCCAAGAUGGCAGCUGGCGUAAUAAGUGAUCCAAAUGUAUCCGAGACGCAAGAUCCCCAUGGUGGUAUUAAGGAAAGGUAUUAGUACAAUUUAUAGUAAAAUAGGUUUGGUGCAUCUGUGAUCGAAUCCUUGUUUGAGGAUUUGAGAUGACAUCUUGUACUCGUAAUUAAGUCAUUUUGCCAAACAAAUCUCCUCAUGCAUGGUUAAUAAAAUUGUCUGAAUUAGUAGACAGAAUAAAAUACAUUAUUAUGUGGCAAGCAUCACUUCCGGUGAAAUGGCGGACUAUGAUUGGCUGAGAAGCACAUUCAACGGUCCAUUAUAUUCCCGAAAUGGACCGGCGGUCCAUUACGUAAAAACAAACGCACGCAUUUUAAAACAACAACAGCAUGGCUAAUUGAAAAG